AUGGAAGCAAACAUUUCGGAUGACAAACAACCAAUUCCCAGAUGGGGCUACAAGGAUACAAACGUACCUGGAAAGGAAAUCGAAGACAUGCUAAACAGCGACCCUCUGGAACUUAUUUACAGCAAUGAGGAUCCGGCUACAUAUUUGCACUACAAUGGAACCAGAACAAUUCCUCAGUCCUGGCUUCAAGCCACAUCACGACAUCAGCGAGCAUACACGCCGCACAUAAUUGACGAUCCUGGUUCUGGUCACAAACCAGUCAUUGCUAGUGGCAAGCGACAUCAGUGA